UCCUCAUACUGUUCUUAAUGGUAAUUAUAUUAUUUGUGUAUUUUUGACAGAGUUGUUGUCUUGAAGCCAGGUCAUCUCGUCCUGGCUGCAGGGAAUAAAAGAUGCAUUAUUGAUGUAAUUAGUCACCACCAGGAUUUUGCCCGUGUUUUUGACAUCUGUCAGGGCUUCAGCUUUGAUUUAGCCAGCAAAGCCAGUUGUUCUGUUGGAGUGUGUCAGUUGUGAGUUCAGCCUGUCCCUUGCAGUGGCUUGUACCUCGUGUGUGGCUGUAACUGAGUAAGGAAAAGCCCUGCUGUCCCUCAGCCUGCCUGUGCUUAUUUCCAUCUUCCAGUAACACAAUUGCAUGGUUCCUCUGAUCACAAAAAUAUUCCUGGCUAAUGAAUUUAUCAGAGAGCAGAAAAAAAUAACCAUGCUCAUUUCCCUAAACUGAGAAUAUUUACCAAAGCUGUUGUGGUGUUUGAGGAAAAAGAUUUCUUCAAGUUUUUUAUUAUCUUAGUUAUGAAUUACUUAUAAUUUCUUUGAUAAAAUUAAAGAGAAACUUCUUUUAUUCUCAGCUGCAAGGGGCUAAGCCUUUAAGUUGCAGUGAGAUGAUGCCAGGAAGUGACAGGCUGAUGAAGACAGGAGCCUGAAAGGACACUUUCAACUGAACAGAGACUCUGGAAAUUGAAUGGAUGAGGAAAAAGUCUCAGAUUUGUCAGCUUGUUCAACUGAUACCAGAGCAUUAACAAGGAAAACAAGAUUCACUGUGAGGAGCUCAAAAUGAAGAAGAAAGAUGCAGAGGAUUGCAUGGAACUGUGCCCCUAUGAGUGUGUCGAGAUGGAAAGGUGUGAAAGUAAAGAGCUGGAUGUUGAAAUAAGGAACCUAAUAGGGAAGAACAGCACUUUGGAGUCGUGUGAGGACCCCAAACCUCUUGCCCAAGAGAGGCUGAGCCCUCGGAGAACUUCGUGUUCCCUUAAGACACACAGUGAAGGAAAGGCUCCAGGCCAGCUUGGAUGCACCUGGGAAGGUGGGAGUGACAUGGAAGCUCCAGCAGAACCAUUGGAACCAAGGCACACAGUACUGAGCAAAAAGAAGCCUUUAUCAUGCAAUUCUCUGGAGCAACAGAUCCUCACACUGGAAAGACAGAGACGAGAGCUUCUGGAGGUGAACAAGCAAUGGGAUCAUCAAUUUAGAAGUAUGAAACAGCUUUAUGAAAAGCAGCUGGCAGAGAUGAAGGCAAAGCUGGACGUGUCGGAGAGGAGAGUGAGCGAGCUGCAGCAGGACAGACAGCGGCAGCAUCCAGAGGAGGAGAGGAGGCGAGAGCUGGGCAGAGAGAGGCUGUUGCAGGAAAAGAAAGAUACAGAAGUCCUUAGUGAAGCUCUCCAUGAAAUGAAGGAAGAGAACAGGCUCCUGAAGCAGAAGAAUGCCUCAAUGACCAGAAAGAAAGAACACUAUGAGAGUGAAAUAAGUCGUCUCAACAAGGCCCUUCUGGAUGCAUUGAAAAAGCAGCACCCACCUGUUGUUAGGACUCCUCCAGGGAAGGGUGACAGCAACAGCAUUGAGGAGAUGAGAACCCAACUUGAAGUUCUUAAACAGCAGGUCCAAAUAUACGAGGAAGACUUCAGAAAGGAGAGAUCUGACCGAGAGAGGCUUAAUGAGGAGAAAGAAGCAUUGCAGAAAAUUAAUGAGAGAUUACAAUCUCAACUGAGUAAACUCAGCUCUCAGGCAAAAGACCAGCCAGUGCAGCCUGAGAGGCCCAGCUACCCAGCUCCACUCUUCCUCUCUCCGUGUGUCAAUUAUGGGGGUUGUGGGAUGGUUCUUCACUAUCCAGAUCCUCGGGUGCAUCCAGUGCCUCACAGGGCACAGCAGCAGCAGCAGCAGCGCUCGCCAGACUAUCAGUGGUAUGUUCCUGACCAGCUUCCGCCAGAUGUGCAGCACAAGGCAAAUGAUUCCUCCCAGGAGAAGGGAGCCCAUCGCUGACAGCCUCUGGCCUGGAGAAGUGUAAACCAAAGGCUGCAAGGGAUUCUUGCAACUUCAUUAUUCUGUUUUCUUCUGGGUUUUCUUGCCCCUUAUCUCUUCAGUGCAUAUGAUUUAUGUCUGGUGAAAUCCCUGCAAGGACAAUAGAAAAGCAGCUCAUACAGGCUGGUGAUCCUCAGGAUCCAGUUAAACUCUGCUGGGAAGCCUUUCUGCCCUUUGUUCUGAAGAUGCUGUUUGUGCUGCCUUGUGAGAAUCUCUUUAAAAGCCUGAUGAGAAGAGAUGCAUUUCUUGCUGGGGAUUCAGACUGUCACAUCUGGUUUGAAUUCAAGAGCUUACAAGCCAAAUAGUGGUGUGAUUUUUUUGGUUGUUGUUGUUGUUUGGGAAUUAUGAGGGGUUUUAUUUGAUUCCAGGGAAUGAUUUGUUGAUAUAUUACUUUGAAUUCUGACUUUUCUUGGUUGGUAAAAGGGAAAUCUGUUUCACUGUUUAAACCCCUUUGUGUAAUUGUAACCAGGGUACCACCAAUGCCAGGCCAGGUAAAAGGUGCCCACUUGCCCUUUUUGAGUCUGGGUCAGAUCUCCUUUGGUUUUGGCUCUAGAAUUACAUAUAAAAAACAAUCACAGGGUUUUUUUUUUCUGAGUGUACUUAUUUGUAUUGCAAGAAUUUUGUUAGAAGUACAGAAUGGAUUUAACUUCUUAGUGAAUAUGGCUUUAUAUUUCCAAAUUAUUCUUGUAACGAACCUGAACAUCAUCAUGUAAUCUCUAAUCCAGAAUAAAACCUGGCUUUUUGA